GGGGGGGACCCGGAAGUUCCGGUAGACGCACACUAUUCUUUCGAGUGAAGAGAACGCCAGAACUGCUGUCCUUUCUUCUUGUUACUACAGGCCGACUCAGAUUAAGUCUGAGGCCAGUAACAUCAACAGUGAGGACAAACCCAACCUGCCUCUUGGACACUGAGUCCAAACCUGCAGUCACUGGGUCCUGAUUGUGACAGUGGAGCCCAGUUUGUACUGCAGGAUCCAGAGAUGGCAUCAGUGAAGCUGGAAGACUGCAGUCAAACACUGAAGCUGAAUGUCAUCAUUAAAGAUGAAGAAGAGGAGGAGAAGAUUGGAGACCAUGUUGAGACAUUCUCUACAUCCAGAGAGCAACAGCAGGAAGGUCACAGAGCUAAGAGGUCUCACCACUGCCCACAUUGUGAGGAGAUUUUCCCAAUUCUAUCAAAGCUAAAAAAACACCUUAAAAUACACACAGGAGAGAAUCUGUAUCCCUGUACUGACUGUGGGAAGAGAUUCACGACAUCAAGGUCUCUGACAGUUCAUCAGAGAAUACACACAGGAGAGAAGCCUUACUCCUGCUCUGACUGCGGAAAGAGUUUCUCUCGAAUGGGCAACUUAAAAACACAUGAACGUAUACAUACAGGAGUGAAACCUUACCCCUGCUCUGUCUGUGGAAUGUGUUUCUCUAGACUAGGUGACUUAAAAACACAUGAACGUAUACAUACUGGAGUGAAGCCUUACUCCUGCUCUGAUUGUGACAAGAGUUUCUCUCGACUGGGCCACUUAAAAACACAUGAACGUAUACAUACAGGAGUGAAACCUUACUUCUGCUCUGACUGUGGAAAUAGUUUCUCUCGACUGGGAAACUUAAAAACACAUAAACGUAUACAUACAGGAGUGAAGCCUUACUCCUGCUCGUACUGUGGAAAGAGUUUCUCUCGACUGGGCGACUUAAAAACACAUGAACGUAUACAUACAGGAGUGAAUUCUUACUCCUGCUCUGAAUGUGGAAAGAGUUUCACUCGACUGGGCCACUUAAAAACACAUGAACGUAUACAUACAGGAGUGAAGCCUUACUCCUGCUUUGACUGUGGAAAGAGUUUCUCUCGUCUGGAAAACUUAAGAAGACAUGAACGUAUACAUACAGGAGAGAAGCCUUACUCCUGCUCUGAUUGUGUAAAAUGCUUCACAACAUCAACUGACCUAAAAGUUCAUCAGAGAACACACACAGGAGAGAAGCUUUUACCACUGAUCUGACUUACAGCUGAGCUAAAAGGGUCAUCGAGGAACACACACAGAAGAGAAGCCUUACUUCUGCUCUUAAUGUGGCAAGAGUUUCUCCAGAUUGGGCAAUGAAAAGACACAAAAACUGACACACACUUGAGAGAAGCCUUAUCACUGCACUGACAGUGAGAGGAGAUUCUACAGAUUGGGCCAUUUAAAGACACCAUUGUAUACAUAAAGGAGAGAGUCCUUGUCAGUUCUCUCAGACCAGCUGAGAUUAGUCACUCAAUCACUUAAUUUUAAUUUCAUAAAAUAAUUGUCAACACUCUAUUGUAAUCCUAUUGUUUCUCACUGUGAGAACUGUGCAGAGGAAAGGGAGCGUUCUAGAAUGUUAGCCUUUCUUUACUUUACUGAUCAGUGUGCUCCAUGUCAGGUUGUGUGUUUUGUUAGCUUCUACUGCAAAGAUACUGAGAUCUUGGAUUUGCCCUUAGGGUUGAAUGUCCUCUGUGAGGCAUCUGAUGGUUGACUGGGUGGUACUGCUUCCCUCUACAGUUUUCUGUGAGAAUGAGCUGAUAGACACAACAUACACUGAGUGUACAAAACAUCAAGGACACCUGCUCUUUCCAUGACAGACUGACCAGGUGAACCCAGGUGGGCUAAGGAAUGAAAACACUGGACACUGGAAAAUUGGAAACCUAUUGCCUGGUCUGAUGAAUCCCUGUUCCUGCUGUUUCAUGCUGAUGGGAGGACUGGGGUAUGGAGGAAACCACGAGUACAUACAUCCAGUGGUGGAAAAUGUACCUAACUGUCAUACUUGAGUGAAAGUUAUGAUACCUUAUUUAAAUCAUUUUUACUUAAGUACUUUACACCACUGCAUGCAUCCAUACCGUGUGUCAGCAUUGCAGGGUGGUGGUGUGAAGGCGUUGGGGUGUGUUUUCAGGGCACACAUUGUUCAUCUUUUAUCAAGGGGCCCAAUGUUUGAAUGCUACAGGAUAUCUAAAGAAUAUCAGGUGCCUCCCUUCACUGCAGCAGUGUAUCCAUCUGCAAAUAGCUUUCUUCAGUAGGAUUACGCCACAAGGCUGGUCCAGGAAUGGUUCCAAGAACAUGACCGUGAAUUCAGUUUACUGCAGUGGCCUGCCGAGUCACCAGAUCUCAAUCCAGUUGUUCAUCUGUGGGAGGAGAUGGAAGGAGCUAUUCGGAGUAGAGAUCCACUCCCAGCCAACUUGACACAAUUGUGGGAAGCAUUGGAGUCAACAUAGGCCAUCAUCCCUGUGGAACGCUCUCAACUCCUUGGACAGUCUAUGCCCUGAUGAACUGAGGCUGUUCUGAGGAUAAAGGGGGGUGCAACUCAAUAUUAUGAAUGUGUUCCUAAUGUUUGUGCACUCAGUGUAUAUCAGAUAAAGAUGGUGUGAUCAGUUUUUAGCUUUAGUUUGGGUGGAUUAUUUUAUAUUACUAAACAACUUUUGUUUAAUGAUUAACAGGCUAUGAAUCGACUACUUGUGUUUAUGAAAUUGACUACUUGUGUUUAAUACUAGAUGUAUUAUUUUUGUCAUUGAUGAUGAAUGUAUUUGAACUGUAUCGAAGAUAAUUGAUCUGGUGGCAGGUAGCCUAGCGGUUAAGAGUGUUGGGCCAGUAACUGAAAAGUUGAUGGUUUGAAUCCCGAGCCGACUAGGUGAAAAAUCUGUCAUUGUGCCCUUGAGCAAGGCAAUUAACCCUUAUUUGUCCUGUAAGUUGCUCUGGAUAAAAACAUCUCCUAAAUGACAAAAAUGUAAUGAAAAAUAAUGUUUGUACAUGAAUUCGUGCUGGGAAACCACUUUUUUCUCAUGUGUAUAAUAAAAUAAAAUGUUUUUGGUGAAAUACAA